CGACCGACGCAUUUGGUAGCGACGAUGAGGUCGUUGACUUCAUAGGUGUCGGACUGAUGCGCCAUUUGAGUCCAAUUCGCUGGCGCCGGAUCCUUGAUGUGCUGAGUUUGCAGCCUGAUUACCUUUCGUACCUGGGUGAUGUCGCAAUACGGACCUCGUCAGGUCAGGGUUGCUGGGUCAAUCGUCACCGAUGUCAAUGUAGGGCUCAUGGGAGAUUGACACCCCCCUUGGGGCGUUAUAUGUCUCUUUUCCGAUGGCCGACUUUGUCUGAGUUCCCGAAUCCUGCAACUCUUUCCCUUUUAUACGCGAUCAUAUAGUCCGAAAUCCAGACAUCAGCUUCGAGAGGGAAUUGACAAACUGUUUCCGAUCACAAUGUGGAACAUUCUUCCACUUUUAAGCGUACUGGGCUCUCUGCCCUUGGCUUCUGCAGUUCCUAAUGGAAUCGUGAUUGCUCGCGCAACUACCUCGUCGUCGGCUUCCGUUUCGGCCCCGCCAGUUCGAAGCCAUUCGUCUUCUGGGCCGCAUACUCCGUUCAGCGGAACCCCGUCGAUUACGGGCGCACUUACUGCUUCAUCGAUUGGAUCUGGAAUUUCCAACGGAAGUGUGGCCCCGGAAGCUACUACGUAUCCCAGUGAUGGAACACUUAACGAUGCCCAGCCAGCGCCAUAUGUUCCCGAGGGAGGAGUUGGUACCAACGGAUCGAUUCCCGUCUAUAAUGCCAAGAGCGACUAUGACUAUGAGUCUCUGGCACUGGCACUGUAUCAAAGCUGGCUUGAGCUUGACUUGUUCCAGGAUGGAUUGAAUCGCUACUCCACGGAGGACUUCCAGGCCGCUGGGCUGAACUCUGCAGACCGAGAUCUGAUUGCAUUUUUCGCCGAGCAGGAGGCUGGCCACGCAACUCUCAUCAGCAACAUACUCGGUGCCGAAGCGCCGCAGCAAUGCUCGUACAACUAUCCAUAUACCAACGUCAAUGAAUUCCUCGACUUCAGCCAGAAGCUGACUCGGUCCGGCGAGGCUGGUGUAUAUGGCUUCCUGUCUCACCUCGACUCUCGAGAGGCAGCUAAUCUGUUGACGCUGUCCACCGCGACCGAUGCGCGCCAGCAGCUGAUCUUCCGCCAGUUCCAGGGUCUCUUCCCCGUUCCCGAAUGGUUCGAAGUCGGUAUCCCACAGUCCUGGGCCUGGACUCUCCUGGCGCCAUAUAUCAGCUCCUGUCCUAGCAAUCAGACCCGUCUGGUGUGGCAGAACUUCCCGUCUCUGCGAAUCCUCAACCAGCCUAGUAUUGCCGCGGCUGGCAACAGCAGUUCCAACAGCACUAGCCUCAACAACACUAUCAGCGCCGGCACCAAUGUCGUCAAGUCUUCCAGCUCUAGUUCUAGCUCUGGAACCGACACCGGCGCCAACGUGACCAGUGAUAUCGGUGCUCUUUCUUUCCCCGGUCGCCAGGUGGCUCUGCAAUGGGAGACCGCAGGCAAGGAAGUCGGUCCCAACAACAGCUACGUCACUACUACUCAGGCAAAGACUGCAAAAUAUGUUGCCUGGGUCUCGCAGCUCAACGUGACAUACACCCCUCUGCGUGUCAUCAACAGCACUGGUAAUAGGAAUGGCACCGGUACUGGCCGCGGAUAUACGAUUCAACCUAGCCUGGAGACCUACCAGGGUGACCCAGCCAUCAAUGGCACCUUGUUCAUUGCUAUCACUGAUAGCAACCCGGCUUUGACUCCCUUCAACCUGAGCUUGAUCAACCCGCACGUUGUUGCUGGUCCUGCCAUCUACCAGGCUGGUUAAAGGGUAAUUGGCCUCGAACCACGACGAAAGAGAGGAAGGGCACUUAGAAGGGUCUAAUGUACUUUAAUGGAAG